GGAAGCUGCUCGUGAGCAGACGUCUCGCCAGCUGCCAAAAGCCAAAGAGUUGUUGAUCGGGAUAAGGCAGCCACUGCCUGCGGGAACCUGUGCUUUCACCUGUGAAAAUUAAUCACAUUCCCAAUUAGCAAGCGGCGGAGUGCAGUGACAGGUGCGACGGCAGCCACAAUGCUGGCAUCCAAGUUCAAACGGCAGCCAGGACGAUGACAAGUGGGCUUUUCACACUCAAAGUCGCCAAGUCGAAAAUAUAUGCACCAGCCAGCACACAGGAUACAUACAGACGGAGCGAAGGCAAAUCUGCUUUUAGGUCACACAAAAGGCUCUCGCAGCAGCAGCAGCAGCAGCAGCAGAAGCAUCAACAGGAGCGAGGACCACGGCGUUCCAAGAACGAGCCAACAACACCCAAAUUGAUGACAGCCGAUUCGGGCCAAAGGAAUUGAACAGCAGCAGCGAUGCCCUCGCGUCGCGGUGGUGGUGGCACCACCAAGAGGAAGCACUCGCUGGGCAACCUGCGACGGGCUCACCCUGCCUCUGGAGCCACAUGGAACGUGCAGGUGGUGCGCGGCAAGAUGUCCUCGAAGUGCCUGUGGCACGCCUGUCGCGCCCUGAUCCUGGGUCUCACCCUGAUGCUCCUCGGCGCCGGAAUGGCCACCUUGGGCUACUAUGCGGAUCAUCUGUCGAUGGGUUCCGAGUUGCGGGGCAAUGUGACGGUGCGGGUGAAGAACGACCUGAAGGGCUUCCACCUGAACAACUUCGCGUACGUGGGCCCCAUUGUCAUGGGUUUUGGGGGCUUCAUCGUGGUGGCCUCCUGCGUGAUGACCUUCGAGGCACGAGACUCCGCCGCUAAGGUCGUUCCAGCACGGCUGCGAGCUGGAGGAGGUGGCAGCAGCAAGAAUCCCUCGCGGAGCAACCAAGGAAGUUCCGCGUCACAGCGUCGCGGGAUGGGUGCGCAGUACCAGUCGAGUCGCUGGGAUCAGCACUUCGGCGUGUUCCGCUCCUCGCCGGGUGAUCCUCACCAGCAGCCGCAGAGCGCCUGCAUCUCCACCACGCAUCCGCAUCAGCACUCACAUCCGCAGCAGCCCUUCGAUCGCGAGGCACUCACCGCCGAACUGGUCCAAUUCUCCAGGUCACUCAGCAGUGUGCGUCGAGUGCGCCAAGUGCGUUCGGGCCUAGGAGCGGGAUCCCAACACUCCGGAGCAGGAGGUGCAGGAGGAGGAGCUGGCUCCUCUUCGUCGGCUCGGAUCAUCAGCAAUUCCUCCAGCCUGAUCCAGAGAGCCACCAGGGAGUGCUCCCUGCUGCAGCCACCAGCUGCCAGUCGUGUCUACUGGCAGGCCUCCUCCUUCGACGGCGGCAGCAAUCCUCCGCCCGGAUUGGGCAUGAGUUCCAGCGCGGAGAAGCGCAGUGAGCGGAACAAGCGGUCGGACACCGCCAAGCGGCACGUCCUCUCCCGGCAGCGACCCAUUGAACAGGAAGAGACGCGGGAUCACAGUCGCAGCCCACUAGGACACAGACGAAACUCUACAAUGUCGGACUCCUCGUACAGCGGCCGCUGGACGGCCCGCUGUGCUUCCGUCGCCAGUCGAACAUCAAGUAUCGAGUCUCGGCGCAUUCAAGUGGAUCUUCACAGUCCCGAGGUGAUGCCCAAAUCCAUUCUCCGUUCGCCCAAGCGCUACAGCUCCGGUCCAUCGGCCACGCCCUCCGUGGAGAAGGAGUUUCGGAGUCAGUUAUCUGUAUGUUCGGAGCCACCACCACCGGUGCGCCAGCUGUCGGGCCAAUCCAGCAUGGAGCCAGCCGUUCCCGAGGAGAGUCUGGAUCAGUCGGAGGAGCAGGAGGAGACCACACAGCCCAAGGCGUCCUACGAGGAGAUCACCGAACUGCAGCACCACGCAAGCAGCUUGCCGCCGAAGAAGGCACGUCCGGGGUUCCUGCCCCUCGCACGCAGCGAGCAGAAGGAGGAUGAGAGGCCAGUGGCCAAUACGCUGUACAGGAGCAAUAGUUCCCGCCAGUUCUACAGGCCCAAAAAAGGGGUGGCGAGCGAGCGGGAUGAUUCCGUUUUCUACAUACGGUCCAUGGAAAGGGGAUUGGCUGGAAACGGUGGGUGUGCCAGUGCGGAUGAGCAGAUGUACGAUUCACUGAGGGUCAUAAACGAACGGAGGACCACUUUGCUGAAAGCCGACUCCCAGAGCUCCUUGGGAUCAGCGGAGCGCAAGUUGAGCAGCUUCUCCCUCAAAAUGCCGGAGAUCACGGAGCGGGAGAACUCUAUUGAGAUCGAAAUAGAUGCGGAUGAGCUGCAUCCCAGUACCCCGCCUUCUCCUCCCCCACCUCCUCCGCCACCCCCACCGGGCAAUCCACAAGCAACUGAAUCAAUCCAGGAUGAGGAUCCCUAGGAUCGAAUGGAUACACUCACUUCAUAGCGUUUAACCAGCAGCCAUCGACAAUUACUUUAGCAACUCGAUUGAUGUUUGUAUAUGUAUUUUUGUGCGUGUGCGUGUCGUUUAUUUUUAUAACCCCUAGAUCGUACCUAGAUAAGUGUUAUAUAUAUAUACCAGCAAUUAUCUCUGUGUUGCCUCGGGCCUAAGCAAUCGACUAACGAAUCUUCAACGACGUCUAUUAACUUGAUAAACUGAUGUUAUUAAACAAAUACCUUCAGUUGCGAUCGAAAUAAUUACAGGUUUUUCCAACUUGUGUCGCGGUUAACAUUUGCCAACUGAUUAUGGUUUUGUCAGUACCUAUUUAUAUGUUUAAAUUUUCAAAGAGCUAAAUAAUCAAACUUUAUGAAUCAAAAAUAAUCAACUUCUUAACAACUUGAGUGCAAAUUGAUAAAAAAUACCCUGAGAUAUUAUUUUGAUCGCAGCUGUCGGCACUAGUCUUCCUAUUGUUAGAAUAUGAGAUAUAUCACGUUAUUACGAUCCCAUAUCUUGUGGGUGUACCGUUGUUAUCAAUACUAUUACUAUCGGUUACUGUUAAUGCUAAUCUCUACGAGGAUGUGUACUCACAACGAUCUAAAUACGAAGGCGAGGCCAACAAAAAUGCCAGACUUGUGCAUACCCUGUAAAAAGUACAAUCAGCUUAUAGUAAAGACUGAUUAGGCAAAUUGAUUUACGAAAUUGGUCAACGGCGAAUGGAAAACAUGUCAAUGAAAAGCAAUCGGAACACGGAUUAAGUUCGAUACACAUAUAUAAUUAGUUGUACGACGCUCUCAGUGUUAAUCCCCACAAAACAACAUUAUAUGUACCUAUACGAUUAUAUAUCUGAGUGUUUAUUUGUAAUCCAUGCAAUUACAGUGUUUCUCGUUCCAUAGAUGUUGAAAAUCCCACAGAAACCCCGAAAAUCAAAAUGCCCGAGUUGGUUCAAAUGGAAGGCCGAACACGAAUCUCUGUUGAUGUGCAGCGAAUUUUUGUAUAAUUGUUCAUUGCAUGUUUAAUAUUGCAUAAAUAAAAGCAAAAAAUGUGUGUCUAAUA